AUGGAGUCGUCAAAUGGAAACACGCCUCUUCCGGAGGACACUAACAAGCCCCCGGAGGGUGUGGUACUACCACCAAAAGAUAUUCGAGCAAUCGUCGACAAAACUGCGGGUUAUGUCGCUCGAAAUGGUUUUGUCUUCGAAGACCGAGUCCGCGAAAAGGAAAAGAACAACCCCAAAUUUUCCUUCCUGAACUCGGCCGAUGCUUACGCGCCCUUCUACCAGUGGCGUCUCACGGAGAUCAAGGAAGGCCGAGGCACGUCAGUGUCGGCAGGACGACCCGGCGAGGCGGCCCCUGCUGCUGAGCCUGAAAAGCCCAAGGGACCCCCCGAACCAGCUUCUUUCCACUUUUCGGCGCGCAUGCCGAUCAUAAAUGCGCAGGAUUUGGAGGUGGUCAAGCUUACGGCGCUUUUCGUCGCGAAACGAGGGAAAUCCUUUAUGACCGCGCUGUCGCAGCGGGAGGCCCGAAACUUCCAAUUUGAUUUCCUGCGGCCACAGCACAGUCUUUACCAGUUCUUCACGCGGCUGGUCGAUCAGUACACUAUUUUGCUACGGCCUGAGGGAAUCGAUGAGGCGACAUCGGCGAAGACCCGGAUCGCUGAACUCGAGCACAAUGUACAAAACAAGCAGCACAUCCUGGAGCGGUCCAAGCAGCGGGCGGAAUGGGUGAAAUACCAAGAACAGCAGAAACAGAAGAAAGAGGAACAGGAAGAACAGGAGCGAAUCGAAUACGCGCAGAUCGACUGGCACGACUUUGUGGUGGUGGAAACGGUCAUGUUUACCGAGUCGGACGACCAGGCAGACCUGCCGCCUCCGACCUCGCUCACGGACCUGCAGUCGGCUUCCCUCGAGCAGAAAGCAGCGAUGUCUCUCAACCCGCUGCGCAUCGAGGAAGCUAUGCCCACCGAUCUCGACGCACCCACUUUCUACAACGCCUACCCCACCCAACCUGAACCCACCCCGGCACCGCAACCCGAGGUCUCGCCGUUCCCUGCCCAAGCCCCUGCUCCCUACCCUCCCCCCGGCGGGUUGGACUACAGCAUGCAGUAUCCAAACAUGGCCGCACAGGAAGAGGAGCAGCGGAUCCGCGAGCAAGCCGCACCCGGCCAACCGCCGAUGCGCAUCCGCUCCGACUACGUCCCCCGCGCACAGGCCCGGCGCCAACAAGGCACCGGCGCCACGGCACUCUGUCCGAACUGCCACCAGCAGAUCCCCGUGGCAGAGCUGGAACAGCACAUGCGCAUCGAGCUGCUCGACCCGCGCUGGAAGGAGCAGCGCGCCAAGGCCGACUCCCGCAGCGCCACCACCAACCUCUCCACCGCCGACGUGGUCAACAACCUCAAGCGCCUGGCCUCUCAGCGCAGCGACGUCUUCGACUCCUCACUUGCCCCCGGUACAGACCCCGAGGAAGAAGCCCGCCGCAAGCGAAUCGCCAUGGGCGCCGCCCCCGAUGGUCCUCCUGGUGUUGCCGGCGGUCCACAGGGCCCUACGGUGGGCCCGACCGGCGGGCCCAACCCUCAAAAUAUGAAUAUCGAGGACCAGAUCAGACAUAUUCAUCAACUCGCCAAGCAAUGA